CCUCAGCUGAUCCUCACGCGAGUCGAGCAGCUCUGACUCUGACUCCGGCUCAUGGCAACAUGGCGACAGAGCUCCAAAACCUUCAGGAUCUGAGGCAUACUGCCUCACUAGCCACCAAGGUGUUCAUUCAGAGAGACUACAGCGAGGGCACUAUCUGCAAGUUCCACACCAAACCUCCAGCAGAACUCAGCAACAGGAUCGAGCGGACCCUGUUUGAGGACACAGUGAAGACGCUCAAUAACUACUACGCGGAGGCCGAGAAAAUCAGCGGUCAGUCUUACCUGGAGGGCUGCAUGGCCUGUGUGUCAGCUUACAUUAUAUUCCUCUGCAUGGAGACACGAUAUGAGAAGGUAUUAAAGAAGAUCUCCAUGUAUAUUCAGGAGCAGAAUGAGAACAUCUAUGCACCCCGAGGACUUCUUAUCACUGACCCUAUUGAGAGGGGCAUGAGAGUUAUAGAAAUCUCUGUCUUUGAGGAUCGCAGCUCCACCGGCUCCUGUUCAAGUGGCAGCUCAGUGUCUGGCAGCAGUGCUCGGUGACUGGAGGAGCAGCACCAGGGUUACGGGUACCGAGGGGCCAAAGGGAUCACCAAGAUUCAAAUGUUGAAACAUGAGAGCACCAGAUUCUGAAUUAACACAAUGUCAAAGCCACUUAUUUCUCCUCAUCUCACAAACCCUCACUUAUUCGCAUGCUUACAUUGUCUUUUGUGUUUCCAUUAGCAACACUCAUGAUAUCUGAGCUCCAUACACAUCCAAAAUAGAGAGCAGGAGUCUACAUAUAAAAUAUUUACUACUUAAAAUAUUUCUUUGAGUGAAGCACCUAUAUUGCUGUCAGUUGGACAUGUUAUGCAUUUGGCAUCUAGGUUGAGUGCUGGAUGAUUGCCAAGCUCUCCUCAUUCUUCUGUCUGGUCUUCUUUGAGAAGCACUGCCACAGUUCACUGCCAUUACUGAUCCUGCUUGAGGCUUCUGUUCAUUUGGCCAACUCUGCCGUUCACCUGUGGCUCAGUGGUUUGCUGUUCUGUAGUGUGGGCAGUGAGCCCAGGUGGAUCAAGUUCUCUCAGUGUCUCAGCUCAUUGGGUAUGCAAGCGAGCUUUAGCCCAUCGAGGACGUUUUGUCUCCAUAAGAUGAAAGAACUCGUAAUUUUGUCUUGUCCACUGAGCUGUGGUUGAUGAAUGUGUGCGUGUGUGUGUGUGUGUGUGUGUGUGUGUGUGUGUGUGUGUGUGUGUGUGUGUGUGUUUGUGUGUUUGGACAUCAGAUAAGCUGUAUUUAGCUGAUAAAAUUCAGAGGAAGCUGAAUCAGCAGCUGCUUAAAAUGAAUUCUCCAACAGAACAGCUGCCUCAUGUGUAAGGUUUCAGUCUUGGUCUGUUUUGUACUAAUGAUGGCUCCAAGCUGAAACUUGCAUAGCAUCUUAUGUAUGUCUUUAUGCAUACUCAGCAGCUUAAUCUUGAAAACAAUCAUAAAGAUAUUAUGAUUUACACAUACUUACUUCCUGCAUAAAACACAAUGAAAUACAUUAAAGAGUCAAAAUGGAUUAAGAUUUGUUAAGCAUUUAUUAUUUAUAGGUAUUGGGAUCUGGAACACAAUCGAAAAUAUUUGCCAGACAUAUCACAAGGGUUUUGUCAUAUGAACAGCAGUUGUUUAGUCAGAUUAUAUUUAAAAGAGAAGUUGAUAAGGCAAAUGUAACAGAACUUUGCAUCAGAGAUGUUCUCCAUCGACUUUUGAGCAUUCUAUUCAAAUUCUUUAUUUGGUUAUAUAGCUUGCCCAAAAAUAUUGUAA